UGAAAAAAGAAGUGAGCUUGAAGAAAUUUUAUUUAAAUUAGAAAAUGAAGUGAAAUCACUGAAACUGGAAAUAGAAAAAACAAAAGAGAGCAAAGAUAAACAGAUUGAAGAGUUGAAGAAAGAAAUGGAAAAUAUGUAUCAGAUGAAGAAAAAUGAAUGUGACCAGAAAUUACAAACCCUUCUCAAUGAUAUGGAACGAGAAAAAGUGGAACUACGGCGUCAGCAUUCGCAGAACAUUAAGAAUAUGCUUGACGAGACAAAUGCGAGAUUGGAGGAAAUGGAGGAAGCAUACAAAAAGCAAAACAAUGGCAAUAUAAAUAUGAUCAAAGAUCUGGAGGGUAGAGUUCAAGAACUUGUUCUUGAAGCAGACUCAAUUUCUAAGAAACGAAAUGUUUUGGAAACGGAAAAUAAAGAACUACAAACAACCAUUGACAACCAAAAGGAAGAAAUACACUCAUUAAAACAAAGUGAAUCCAAACUAUCAGAAAAACUCAAUGAUUUGCAACAACAACACAGUAAAAAGGUUUCAGACAUGGAAGAACAGUUCAGAACAACAUACGCAAACACGGAAAAAAAAUAUAAAGAACUUAAUAGCCAGCUAUCAGAAUCGAAUAUUGAACAAGGAAAAUGUAUCCAGCAGCUAAAGCAGAAACUCCAAGACACAGAAAGUGAACGGCACAGACAAAUUAAGGAAUUAGAAAACACUUAUAAUGCUGAUAAACAUCAUCUGGAAGAGCUCCAUGAUAAACAGGUUCAGUCACUUGAGAAUGAAUUAUCACAAGCUCAAAUAAAGUAUCUUAAAUCAUUACAAAAGCUGGAAUCAGUGGUCAGAGACAAAGAAAGUGAACUAGUAGAAUUGAAAAAAAAAUUCAUGGAGCAGAGCAAACAGACUGAAAAAUAUGUGGAGCAGCUAAAGAAGGAAUUUGAUACAGACAGAAACAAACUCUUUAAUGAAAUGAAUUCACAGAUUAUAGAGACAGAAAACAAACUUCAACAUUCAAAACAGCUGCUUGAGAAACAAACGCAAGAAUUCACCAAAAGUAUGGAAGAGACAAAAUCAAAAUAUAUCUCUGAGCUUUCAGAAUUAAAGCACAAAUCUGCAGAAGAAAAUGCUAAAUUGAUUAAAGAACAUGACUUAGAGAAGGAGAAGCAAUCAAAACAAAUUAACAAGCAGAAGGAAGAACUGCAAUUAGUUUGGAAAAGCAAAGUUGAAGAAACUGAAAAAUUAUUGAUUGACCAGAGGAAUAUGUUUUCUAAGCGGGUCAGUGAUUUGGAACAGGAGGUACGCACAAACCAGGAGAAAUUCCUGCAGAAUGAGCAAAACUACAAACAGGAGUUGUCUGAGAAAGAACUACAACAUGAGGCCGAGAAGAAGAAACUUGUUCGCCAACAGGAAGAUGAGAUCAGCAAAAUGCAUAACCAGAUGGAACACCACCGGAAUAAUAUUCAGAAACACCAUACUGAAGAAAUGAACAAAAUUAUUGAAAAGACCUCUUCAGAAUUAAAGAAUUUAGAAAAAGAAUUCACUACAAGGACUCAAAUAACUAAUACAACUAUCUCUGACCUCCAGAAUACUAUUUAUAAGUUGAAGGAUGAUUUGAAAAGACAAAAAGAAGGGAGUGAGAAAAUGAAUUGUAACCUCCAGGCGAAACAUGAAGAGAAAAUUAAAAUGAUUCGCCGACAAAAUACUGCUGCUCUCAUGGCUCUGCAACAGAAAUAUGAUGAAGAUUAUUCAAAAGCUCGAAAUCAUGAACGACAACUUGAGCAGCAAAUCAGCCAAUAUGAAGAAAAGCUUGCAGAGAUCCAGAUCCAUUAUGAAAAUAAAAUCAAAGGUCUGAUGCCAUCAUCCGUCCAUCGUGUAUUAGAACUACGUCAUCAAAGAGGAGUGGUGUUGAAAACUGAGCCCAGAGAUAAGCCAAAUUUCAAGGAAUUGGAAGAAACGAUUCGAUCACUGAAAAUACAAGUGUCAGCUCUCCAAAAACGGGUUACUUUAUUACAAAACGACCGUCGAGAAACAAUUAAGGGAUUCUAUAGUCCAAGUUACUCUUAUCCAGAACCAACAUACAAACCAAUAGCUUCACCUUAAUUUUGACUCAACACUUGCAGAAACAAAACGCAUUUUCAACAUUUCUUCCAUAUAUAUAAAUAAAAACAGAAAAAAAAAAUGGAACAAAA